UCAAGUGGGGACACGUAAUCGUGUCUCAGGAAGCAACUGGGGGUAGAUCAAGGAUUUCCUUGCUCGCUUGCAGCGUGUGACAAAGGUUCUCUGGGAGGAGGCGUGCACCCCAUGAGCCAGGCUGGGGCGAAGGUCCGGGCGCAGGUCCCUCGGGGUGGGAUGCGAUGAGCGCGGCCGGGAUCCGGCAGCGCUGGUGGGAGGUCUGUGUCGCCGGGAGAGCCGCUGUUCUGGGGGAGGGAGUAGCACAGCGCCUAUAUCCAGCUCCGCGCCGGCAGCCUCCCUGGCACAGCUCGGAGGUCCCGGACGGAGUGGUGACCACUGCAGCCGGCUGCCUGCGGGGUUUGGGAGCGCUGUCCUCCCUCCUGGCCAUGGGCACCGGGUGGGAUGUGUGCGCCCUCCUCUCCACGGCGUUGUUCACUGCCCAGGCUUUCCCUCAGACCAACAUAAAGAUCAGCCAAGCCAUGCCGGAGCCUGUCCAUGCCUACUCCUGCCCGCUCUUCUGGACAGAGUAUGAGGGCCAUUGCUACCGGUACUUCCCCAUCAACAAGACCUGGGCUGAAGCCGACCUCUAUUGUGCCGAGUUCUCCAUUGGCAUCAGAUCAGCCAAGCUGACCUCCAUCCACAGCUGGGAAGAAAACGUCUUCGUGUAUGACCUGGUGAACAGCCGUGUGCCGGGAAUCCCCACCGACAUCUGGACAGGACUCAAUGACCUGAGGCAGGAGGGUCACUUUGAGUGGACGGACGGCUCCUCCUACGACUACCAGUACUGGGAUGGCAGUCAGCCUGACGAUGGGAUCCACUCCAUCCCAGAGGAGGAGGACUGCGUGCAGAUCUGGUACCGGCACAGCAGUGGCAGCUGAGCUCCCAAGGAACCCGUAUUUAUCUGUGGCAUCCUUGCACCCAGGGCACGGUGCUUGCCAAGGUGUCCAGGAUGAAGUGUGGGGUGUCCUAGGGAGGAUGCGGCAGCUCCUGCAAUGGUUGGUUCAACCGGUGCCACUUGCCUUCCUGCAGAGAGCUGCUCUGCAAAGCCUGAAACGCUGCUCAGUGCCUGCCUGGAGUUGCAGCAAUGCCACACUGUGAUCUGAGAGAGGCAGUUUCCACCACUUAUAAACAUCCAUCAGAGAUUAGAUCUGUUGGUCUUUUUUCUUAGGAGAGCAGCUCAGCUCUCUGCUUUGUCUGAACACUUCAGCACAAGCUGGGCAUCAGAGGAGCCUGUAAGAUAAGUUACAGACAUGUACUGUGAUAAUGUUCACUCUGCUCCUUGCAGCACAUCUGAAAAUACACAGACAAUAUUGCACUCCUGUUUUUCUAUUAUGCUCAUUUUGCACAUAUAAUUUCCAAAUGGCUCUGUGUGUUUGGUUUUUCCAUUAACCCAGACAAAGGCAUCCUUGAGUACCACCAGAGACUAAAUGAAACGCCUGCCAGCGUAAGCAAAUCGAGGCAAUGUUAUGCUCUGUGUUUUGCAAGAGAGAUGAUAAAGAUCCUAUUUCCAUGGCAGGUCACUGUAAUGUUUGUUGCUGCUCGUGCCCUGGCGAUGCUGCUGAGGUCAUGCUGGGGCUGCAGGCCAAAUUCAGCCUGGGUGGAAGCACUGGGCUCUCCUUGGCUUCUCAGAGGGUAAGGCAGUGGCUGCCGUGUCCUUGUCACUCCUGUAAGUGCUGGACCAGUGCAGGGACUUUAAAGGAAGCCCAGAAAUCAGUGGGGCUGAGAUAUUCUAUACACUGCCAAAAGCAGUUCCCAGGUGUCACAGAGGCUGCCCUGCUACUGAAGACACCUUAUUCCCAGGCUGGUGGCACUCCACGUUGCAGCAGAGCUACCCCAUGGUGAGGCUUCCAGGAUAGCACAGAGUGACCUGGCUGCACAGCCCCAAAGGGGAGCAUCAGCUUGGCUUACUCCCGGUGGGGGGGGCAGCAGCACCCACAGGGACAGUGCACAGAUGCUGGACCUUU